GAAAGAGAAAUCACUCGCCACUUAUCCGAACACACGCUCUAGAAAAAUAAGAACUAAGCGACCAUGUCUCGUCUGCUCUCGCACUACUCCAAGGGCAAGACUGCCUUCGUUUGCGUCGACCUGCAAACCGCCUUCAGUGAGCGCAUCAAAAAUUUCCCCAACUGCGUUUUUGUUGCGAAUCGCUUCGCGCGCAUGCACGAGAUUUUGCCAGAGUACACGAAGUACAUCGUGACGGAGCAGUACCCGAAGGGCCUCGGACGCACGGUGAAGGAAAUCAGCCUGCCCAAGACCGCCCACAUGGUUGAGAAGACGCGUUUCUCCUGUAUUGUUCCCGAGGUGGAGGCGCUUCUGAAGGACGUGGACAACGUCGUUCUUUUCGGCAUCGAGGGUCACGUCUGCGUGAUGCAGACCGCUGCGGACCUGCUGGACAUGAACAAGCGCGUCGUUCUCACCGUCGACGGACUCGGCAGCCAGAAGACGACCGACUUCAAGACUGCCAUGAAGCUCAUGGGCACGUGGGGGCCCAACUGUGAGUUGACCACUUCCGAGUCGCUCCUCCUGCAGAUGACAAAGGACGCGAAAGAUCCCAACUUCAAGCAGCUUGCAAAGCUUCUCCAGGACCAGCCACCUAUCCCGUUGUAA